UGCAGGAGCCAGUCGCUCAUUUCCCCUGUGAUCCUACCACCCAACGCGUCUUGGCUCCCCUCAGAGCAAAGGGGAGAGAGAGCUGUGAGCAAUGGAUGACUUGGAUGCUUUGCUGGCAGAGCUGGAAAAAAGCUCUCAGGGCCCCAAAGAGGAGUACUGCCUGCUGGCACACAACUACAGUGAGCAGAGACCAGCCGCCGCAGCACCCAAGACGGGUGCUCUCCCGAAGGAGCAACCAGUCACCCCAGGGACCCGUAAGGUACUGCCUGUGUUAAGCACUCAGCCCCCACAAGCAGAUCACAAAAAUGUCUACAGCCAGCUUCCAGUGGCGCAGCUGUCCCUUCCUUCGCCGCCUCCUCCCACGGCUGCCCAGCAGCUGGAUGACCUCUUAACCCAUUUGGGCCAGAUGCAGUCCAAGAUCUCAGCAGCGGUUGCCACCAAGGAGCUGGAACCUGCCAAGGGACCGUCGGCAGUGGGGCCGACCUCCAGCAGCACCCUUGACAGCUUGCUGGGGCACCCCGUACCCAAGGGCAACUGUGCUUCCUGCCACAAACUCAUUGUUGGGAAGAUGAUCACCGCUCUGGGGAAGACGUGGCAUCCCGAGCACUUCACCUGCGCCCAGUGUGGACAGGAGAUGGGCACCAGCCCUUUCUUCGACGCACGCCCCAGUCACCUCAUUCUCUCUCUGCAGAAAGUCCUGACGGCCAUGGACAAGACGUGGCACCCGGAGCACUUCUUCUGUGCGCACUGCGGGAAGGUGUUCGGCGAUGAUGGUUUCCAUGAGAAGAACGGGAAGCCAUACUGCCAGAAGGACUUCCUGGCCAUGUUCUCUCCGAGAUGCAAAGCCUGCGAGCGGCCCGUGAUGGAGAACUACCUGUCUGCGCUCCAGGGUGUCUGGCACCCCGAGUGUUUUGUGUGCGGGGACUGUUGCAGCUCCUUCACCACCGGCUCCUUCUUCGAGCUAGACGGCCACCCCUACUGCGAGCUUCACUACCACCAGCGCCGGGGCUCAGUGUGCCACGGCUGUGGGAAGCCCAUCGCCGGGCGCUGCAUCAGCGCUAUGGGACACCGGUUCCACCCCGAGCACUUCAUCUGCGCCUUCUGCCUCGGCCAGCUGCAUAAGGGCACCUUCCGGGAGCAGGGCGACAAAGCCUACUGCCACGCCUGCCACAGCAAGCUCUUCGUGUGACUCCCCGGUGGGCGGCGUCCCCACACCAGCUCCGCGGGGCAACCUCCUCUGGUGUCCAGGGGCUGAGCUAUUGAGAGAGGGACCAGGGGCCUGUCGCCACAGAGCAGCCCCUUCCAAUGGGCUAGAACCGCUGAUGGUUUAAAUCAAUAGAGCUCCACUGAUGUCCUCGCUGGGUUAUACCAGCAGAAGGUCUCCCCAGUGACAGCCACUGUGGUCUCCUUCCCCUUACACCCUGCCCCUUAGACAUAUCUGCCUGGCUCUUCUGCUUCUUCAGGCUGUUCUCUGCUUCUCUCCCCUACACUGCAUGGCGUAGCCUGCUCCUCUGGUCUCCCCUCCGAGCUAUACACAUCAUCUGUGGAACUGGGUACAGCGGCUGCUGCCCAGAAAUAAACAUCUUG